CAUCUAUAGAUCUAUAGCACAGCACAGCAUAGGAUCUAUAGAUCUAUAGCAUGCCAUGUCCACCGACGGCAUCGUCGGCGCCUACACAGGCAACGACUUCACGGUGCGCGCGACGUUCACCGUGUUCCUGGGCAUCGCGCUGUACAACUCGGCGGAGCUGAUCGUGCUGGUGCUGACGACCUUCCGGCGCUACCACGGCCUGUAUUUCUGGUCGCUGCUGCUGGCGGGCACGCUGGGCGUCAUCCCGCAGUCCAUCUCGUUCCUGCUCAAGUACUACAGCCUGGCGCCCGUGUGGUUCUCGCUCACCCUGUCCACCCUGGGCUGGUACUUCAUGGUGACCGGCCAGGCGCUGGUGCUGUUCUCGCGCCUCAACCUGGUGGUGCAGAACCCGGACAUCCGGCGCGGCGUGCUGGCCAUGAUCAUCGUCGAUGCCAUUGCGCUGCACAUCCCCACCACCAUCCUCACCUACGGCUCCAACUUCAUCGCCACCCCCGUCUGGGUGCGCGCCUACACCAUCAUGGAACGCAUCGAGCUCACGGGCUUCUGCCUGCAGGAGUUCAUCAUCUCCGGCCUGUACAUCCACGAAACCAUCAAGAUCCUGCGCCUGCAGCCGCCCAACGAGGAGACCCCCUCGCAGCAUCCCGGCCACUCCAACCGCAAGAUCAUGUACCAGCUGCUGGGCAUCAACCUGCUCAUCAUCGUCCUCGACAUCGUCCUCAUCAUCGUCGAGUAUCUCAACUUCUUCGUCAUCCAGACCACCCUCAAGUCGCUCGUCUACAGCAUCAAGCUCAAGCUCGAGUUCGGCGUCCUCGGCCGUCUGGUCUUCCUCGUCCGCUCCCAUCAAUACCGCCCCGAUCGCCAGAACCACAACGACCAAUACAACCGGCCCUUUGCCUCGCUGCCCUCGCCCGACGAUCGACACAUCCAGCAGCUGCACCAGCUGCAUCAGGGGUUUCCGGACUUUGUCGACGUCUCGCGCAUCACCGUCGAUUACACGCAUGCCCCGAGGCCGGCCGGCCAUAUUUCCCUGCCUUGGGAGGAGGACAAACCAAUUAUAUAGUAUAGUAUAUAGUAUAUUCAAUAUUCUGUAUAUAGUAUAUAGUAUAUAGUAUAGCAUAUAGCAUAUGGUAUAUAGUAUAGCAUAUAGUAUAUAGUAAGUAUAGUAAGUAUGACAUGAUAUCAUUUCCCACGUCAUCUUGACAUCUACAGAUACUUCAUAUAUCAC